AUGGGGAUAAGGGUACAAAAGGAAAAGGAGACUAGGGACAAUGAACAGGUGGACAAAAUGGAAGGAGACACAGGGAUAAGUGGUGAGAGAGAGGGAAAGAAAGGAGGAUUGAAAGAAGGAGAUGAAAAGGAGAGAAGUGGAGACGGAGAGAAGGAGAAGAAAAUUUUAAACAAAGAGUUUGAGGUCCCUCCCUACAGCCAGAGUGUGGUCAGAGGAGGUCAAGUAGAACUAAGAUGUCAUCCUCCCAAGGGAAAUCCUAAUCCAAGGAUCUCCUGGCUAAAAGAUAAGGUCGAACUGAACUCUGAAAGAGAGAAUAAUUAUCUUCAAUCUGCUGACGGCCAUCUUAUUAUUGUUCAGGUUGACGAGGAGGAUGUUGGGAACUAUACUUGUGUUGCAGAGAACCUUGUGAACCGUAGAUACAGUACACCAGCUCGUGUUGAUAUAUUCGUUGACGGAGGAUGGUCACUGUGGUCUCCCUGGGCAGAUUGUGAUGUACAAUGUGGAAGAGGAAACCAGCAUAGAUACAGGGUGUGUAAUAAUCCAGUACCGAGCCUGAAUGGAGAUUAUUGCUUUGGAGAUGGAGAAGAAACAUUGCCUUGUGUAGCUCUAUGUAAAGAGGAAGAUAUUGUAGCUGGCACUGUUGAUGGAUCUUGGUCCAGUUGGUCAGGCUGGUCAUCCUGUAGUCCCGACUGUAAACAUUUCAGAAUGAGAACCUGCUCCGCCCCCCUACCAAACAGUGGUGGGGACUACUGUCGUGGGCGUGACCAAACAUCUGCCCCCUGCACCGGAGGGAUGUGCAGGGUUUCUGGCGGACCUACUUUGCCUCACCCCCAUUCAGAUGGCGAGAGUGUUCUUGAGGAGGAUUUAAGUUUGCUGAUUGGAUUGUCUGUAGCCCUUCUCGUAUUUCUGUCUGUAACCCUGCUCUCAAUUAAACUCAUUCGAAGAAAGGGUCGGAGUCAGAGUAUAUACAACAUGGCUAGUUUAGUGUACCGGGAUGAGUUCCUUGAGAAAGACGGGAACGGGAAUAAAAGAGAAGAAACAAACUUUUCAUUUCCCGGUGCAAGGGUAUUCCACAGGUCAGAGGAUCAGCAGAUCUUAAAACUGGACUUCCCAGGAUCAACCACCAGUUCUCCUUUUGUGGAUAAAAGGGGGCACCAAGGAGAACAGAGGGGCUCAUGUCCCCCACCCCCGCCUCCUGCAAAUCCAGUCAAAAGCCCUGUAGUCAGUGAACAUCAGUACGAUGUUCCAUUUAGUCAUUUGGCCCAGCCGUUGCAACCAGUAGAUAUAUCAGGAUACAGUGAUAUAGGUGAUGUGCGGGAGAGAUAUGAGAGUACUAGUGAGGAAGGAGAGGAGAGGAUAAACUGGUUGAUGGAAGGACCAGGUCUUACACCUCUUAUCAAACAUUCACCUUGGACAUCCUCGAUACAGAGUCUUAAUUCAUCCAUAGCUUCAGAAACCUCCCUCCGAGCAACUUCCCUCCAGAGGCACUCUAUCUCCUCCUCCGUCCUACCUCCGGGUAUAGAUCCGGAUACUUUUACUAUCUCUACUGUAAGUCAUGCUGGUUGCAAGUUGUCUCUCCCGGACUGGGGGGUUAGUCUUCUUAUACCUGAGGGUGCCCUAGACCCAGGAUAUACUGAGGAGGUGUUCCUGGCUGUUAUGAGAGAGGGAAGGGACCAACCCUCACUCUCCCCUCACCAGACCACCCUCUCCCCGGUGGUGCUGGCCGGCCCACCCAGACUAUCCUUCAAAAAACCGGUUGUCAUUAGUUUUACCCACUGUGCAAGCCUACAGCACGGGAACUGGGAGGUCGGUGUUUACCACUGUGAUUCUCUGUUUUCUGAUCCUAAAGAUUCCUCCUGGGUUAAACUAGUUACAGUCUCCAGGGAGUCGGUAACCUGUCCAAUUUACACUCACCUAGACUUCAAUACUUGUCAUAUCCUUACUGACUUCCUCAGCAGAUUCUGUUUGGUGGGUCAGUCGGAAGAAAAUUCAAGAGCAGUUAAGGUUCUGAAGGUUCUUUUGUUUGGAAAAUAUCUGCCUGGGUUCAUGGAGUACAUGCUUCAUCUUAGUAUUGUCGAGGAUACACAAGCUACUGUAGAGGCACUUGUCAGGGCUCAGGAUAAGGCUGGGUUUAAGCUAGUGGAUAAACCUAGAUCCUUUUACUACCAGGACCCUACUCUCCCAGUACCUGGAGAGGACGGAUCAAGGUUUAUAUCCCCGGAUGAUGAUGCGGAGCUGUGUAUCCGUUUAUCUGAUCUAGGUCCAGGAUGGUGUACUAAAUCUAGAAGAUCUGGUCAUACACUCACCCAGGAUGUGAAACUCAUGUACAAUUGGUGUACUGCAGAAAGUUCGCAGUACAUAUUUAAUCUCAACCAUACAGAUCCCUCCACAUCCAUCCUCAGCCUUAACCUCGCCAUUAAACAGAUCCAGAAGCCUGAGCACACUGUUAAUAUUGGUUUAUCCUGUGAUAUAAACAAACUCUCUUCUCCCAUCUCUAGAUCAUCAAACUGUUCUUCGUUAGUGGCCAGCUCUAGUGGUUGCAGUUCUCUACCUUCUAGUUAUCAGGCUUUCAAGUUACCCCAGAAGGUUCGCCAACGGCUCUGCCUUAGUUUUGAUCAAGCCCAAGAAUGGAAAAAUUUAGCACUUGGACUCCGUCUAGAUAGAUUUCUUGAGUUCUACUUGUCAAGAAAAAGUCCAACUGACUGUAUACUCUCCCUCUGGGAGGCACAACAAAAUGACCAGGCUGCUUUGACUGAUUUACUGAACAUAGUUCGUCUACUUGGUCGUCAAGAGGUUGCUGCCUGUAUAGAGAAAGAUGUUGGGUCAUGGGUGUAGUUGCCAUGUAGAAGACCUAUAGCUAUUAGACAUAACCUCCAGUCCCAAUAAUAUAAAACCUAUUACACCAAUGGGCUAUAUUCUAUUAAUUAGAAUAAAAUAUUUCAAUUUAAAAGCAGUUCCAAAUUCCGAAACUAACGGCUUCCAUUAAAAAAAAAAA